AUUUUCAAAAUAAAGUGAAUAAUACCUUUAACUAAAUGCUAGCCAUAGGUACAUAGCAUAUGCAUGUGUAAAUGUAUUUACAUACACAAAAGAAAAGUAGUACUUGCCUACAUAUGUGCACCUACAUAUAUUACGUCAUAGUAAGCUGGAACACUGUGGGGGUUAAUCCUAUAUUACGUAUUUUGGUUGGCCAGUUAUGAAAAGUUUAUUUAACUGAUGAUUUUAUGAGAUAAGCAACAUUUUAAACAACGAAUUCUAACCUAUAAUAUCAUUAUAAACAAACAAGUAAAACAUGAUUUAAGUAAUAAAAGACUACAUUUUAAUUGAUAAAAAUUACUAAUACCUUUUUAUUAAAAUAUUAUCAAAAUUUUGGCAGCAUGACAAACUUAUUUUAUGCUUGUCAAUGGAGGAAUCAGAAAAAGUACAAACAUCAGAAUGGAAGAGACCCGAACAAGUAAUGCAGUUGCAUCGAUUAAAACUAAAGAAACGUGCACUUCAAGCACGUAUGAAUAAUACACGCGUUAACAUAGAAAGUGUGCAAUUGGAGUCUACAGAUGUAUUAAAGGAUUGUAAUCUUACAAAUAGUCAAAGUACAUCUCAAAAACGUAAAAAUCCUUUUGCAAAAAAUGAAAUCAACAAGCGGCCAAAUGUAACACCUGAGCUAGAAGCUAGUAAUGAUAAUACAUUAUUUGAACUAUUGAAAUUUGAAUCUCCAAAACAGACACUUGAAAGUUCUACAGUAAAAUCUCCGUUAACAUUCUCUAAUUUACUUUCAAAAAUCGAAACAAGUAAGAACAAUACAGAUAUAGAAAUACCAAAAGGUACAAAAUAUGUUCCAAUAGAUUGGACUUUAAAAACAAAAAUGAGGUUUAUGUCACCAAAAUCAUUUCCAUGGAAUUCUAAAUUAAAAACUAGUGAGGAAGCAUCCGGCACGACUGGUUUUGUGAGGUGUUUAGAUAUUAGUGAAAAAGAUUCAACAUUAGACACUAGUCCAAAUGCAAGGCUUCAUAGGUGUUGUUUAAUAUGGCAACAUCCUUCACUGCCAUGGUUAGAAUUAUUUCCUCGCUCUGCUGGCAAAGUGAGUACCAAUUUAACGAGUAAUUUGACUGCAAUGAGUAACAUGUCUAUGAAAGAUGCUUUAUACAAAGACUGGAGUGAAAGCUUUAGGUCUCUUUUCCACUUACUACGAGCAGGCCAAUGUCCAUAUUUUUACGUUUGUGCAAAUAAUUUUACUGUAUUAUUCCGUGCUGCUGGGAUCUGUGGAAUAUCUGAAGCUCAUGCACUUUUGGCUCCCACUACGCGUGGUUUCCGACAAUCAUUGAAACAAGAAGAAAUAGAAUUUACAAUGCCUUUAAAGAAAGAUUCUAAAAGACGAUCAGAUGUAACUGACUCUGGCUGUGAUUCAUUUGAUAUACCUAUAUCGAAUAAUACCACACAAUCAAAUCAUUCAGAAGAUCAAAGCCACGAUGACGAGGAUGAAACUCAAGAUGAAUGGUUGCAAAGUCUUGGAGUUGAGAAUUCUGAAAUUCGUAAAAUUCAUAGUUCUCAGGCGAGAAUGACAUUAGAAAAGGAAACUGAAAUUGAUAACAUGAAGCAAUCUCUCAUUUUUGUUAAAGGGGUUGAAGCACAAGGCUUGUUCAAUUUUCUAAUUAAUUGUAAAUCAGCCAUUACAACCAUUGGCCCUUUAGCAGGAGUGCCCCCAACGCUUCUAGCUCCUGUAGCUUUCCAUGGUGCCACAUUAAAAUCAAUUAAGGUUAAGGAAAGCAUGGUACGCGUCGACAACGAAAGAUAUUUUUCUUUGGAAUUGAAAGGGCCACUGUUACCGCAUGUGUUACCCUCUCUGUGUUCUUUAAUGAAAUCUAGUCAUUUAGACCAAUAUUCUGCAAGCUGCGCUCAACUAGAGUCAACAUCCUCCUUUUCAGAAGCAAAACGCGGAUUUGAACAAACAGAAACGGAUGACACACUAAAAAUGCCACAAAAUAUUUUUGCUAAAGAAAAUCUUAGCGAUUGUGGAUUUAAUGAUGAAUUAUUGAAGCAUUUUUGCAGUUCUGAUUCAUCACGUAUUCAAAUCUUAGAAAGUAUUAAAUAUUCAAAUAACUUGUAUACAUGGUCUUGACAAAACGUUUCAAGAACUUUGCUUCUUCUAUUUUAAGUAAUGACAAUUGUAAAUUUAUUUAAAAUUGUUUAUUUCGAAGUCAAAACUAUUUACGCAUUAUAUUUUAAUCAUUGAACGAAAAUAAAAAAUACUGAAUUAUAUAA